GGAAACGAGUUUCGUUGCAUAGGACGCAACGAACGCCUGGAGCAAAUGGUGGUGCGUUCGGUUAACGAGGAGUGUUUCAGUUGUGUUUCAAGAGACUAUUAAUCAGUGGUAAGAGCAAUAUUAUCGUCGAUUCGUUGCUGCUGUGUAAUCGCGACGUUUCAAGCUGUCGGCGAGUUUGCAAUGCGACUCCAUCACAUAACUGCCAUAUCGUGAAAAAAAUCCUGUUUGUCACAAUGAAGCGACAAACAGUUUAAACACAAUGUUCAUACUCUUAUCAUCUUUUAUAAUAUAAUUAGAAUGAACAAUUUCAUCGCAAAAACAAAUUGAAUUAGCUGAAAUACCAUUUCAACAAUCAAAACAAAGAAAAAUAAUCACUCUCGGUCAAAACAUUGUGUUCACGAUGUACAAAGAUAGAAACUUGAUGAAAUCCUCCGAGUUGGAUGGCAAUUCCGAAGACGAUUUUGAUUUUUGUAAUACUGAAACGGGUCAAAAAUUUACUAUAAAAUGGAGUCCGACCGAAGACAUCAGGCAUAUAUCUAAGCAUCGAUUCGGCAGCACGAGAUUACUUAGCAGAUCAGUCCCAAGAAGAAAGCGAAGUUUAUUUCAAUAUAGAAUAAAUAGGUCGUUAAAUUUUGAAAUCGGUGCGCCUAGGCGUGACACGGUAUUUAAAUCACCAAACUUUGAUUCAGAUGAAAGUCCGAUUUGUAAUGAGAAAUACUUGACGAGAUCGGCCAAAAUAUUACGAUCGUUAAAUAUAAACUACAGUCCUUCGAACAAAAGAACAACGAAAAUAAAUAAGGCUUUAAACUUUGACUUAAGUCCGACUCCGACAAAAAUUUUUAAUUCAGCUGAGAAUCUUUGCAAAAAAGAGUCGCCAAACUUUGAUUCUAAUGUAAGCAAAACUUCAAAGAUCAACAAAACAUUGAACUUUAGCUCCAGUUCGAACAGCUCUAAUUUGAGUAGCUGUUUAGGUACAUCGAUUGAUUCAAUUGAUGAAAAUCAAAAUCAAACUCCAUCUCAUCGAAACAGAAAAGUAAAAAAGUCACUGAACUAUCUUACACCGAGUCCAAAACCUAAUGCAAACUUGCCUAGGUCUGUAAACAAAACUCCAAUGUCUCGUGAGGAAUUUAUAAACAAUCUCAAACAUAAUGCUGAAACUCCCGACUUCCACAUUGCCAAACAGAGUGUGAAAAAAUCAAAGCAGUACGACAGAAUGAGCGUCAGCACUCCAAGGAACUUGUUUCAAGAUUUUGAAGACGACGAUAAAGAUGUGAGACCGACUACACCAGAAAAUAUUGUACAGUUUGUACCAGAGAGUAUGAGCGCUAUCAAAAAGAGCCACAAAAAGGAACGGCAGAGUAAUCGUUCGGAAAAGUUGUAUGCGCGCCAACUAAUAGAGAAUUGUGUAAAGACAGAAAAUAAACCAGAAGAUUCUAUUAUGUUGACACACUCGGAUGAGAGACCUGCCACUCCAAUUACAAAUGAUUCUUAUCCAAGUCCGAAUUAUAGUGUCGGCUCUAUUAAACAAUCUCACAAGAAAGAUAAAAGCAAAAAAAGAACCAUUAUUAACCACUCAGAAGAUGAAAUAUCCGACUCGGGAUCGAUAUUUGAUUACACAGAAAUGCAGGAAAACAAACCAAUCGUUGAGAGUGAAAUUUUAAAUAGCUCCGAGAAUAAUUUGAGCCCUAUCAGCAAUACCAGCUCAGGUUUCGGAGUAAUCCCAUUUGAGCAGGAGGUCGACCAGAGAUCAAUGUGCCUGGAUAACUCUAUCGAAGACUUUUCUGGUCGUGGUUCAAGUUUUGAUUAUUCAGCAACGCCCGAAACCAAAGGUGAAACAAAUAUCGGUAAUUUACCGUACAAAACUGAUGUACAGGAUAAUUCGAGUCACAGUUCCCAAAUUGCAGACAGAGAGCCACUCAAGUUAUCAUUUGACAAGUUGGAGUUAAUUUCACCUGUAAAAGAUGAGCAAGAGGCGGUACAGUCCUGCAGUCAGGCAGACAAUGAGAAUGCUAAGCGAUCAGUGACACCUGAGAAUGUGGUUAAUAUAUUGGACCAAAUAAUGACAGAUUCAAUAAAGAAAUCGCAUAAGAAAAUAAAAGAUAAGAAGAAGAAGAUCUUAUUUAAGCCUCAUGCAUCUGUACAUAACGUUUUAGUAGAAUCACCGUCACCUGAUAACAGCCAAAAACUUCAACCGUCAAGUCCUACAAGCAAUCUGAAUAGUUCUGAAAGCGUUGUCAGAGCUGUUACGCCAGAGAACGUCAAUUCAAGUAGAUUGUUAAUGGGACAAUAUAGCUCUGUAAAGAAGUCACACAAAAAGAAUAAACACCAAAAAAUUGUUACUGAAUUUGCCAAACGUCACAAAUAUUUCAAUAGCGACACUCAGCAAAAAACUUCGGACGACGCAUGCCUCAUUAGCGGUAUUGAAACUUUACCUCUAUCUUGUGAUAGUCUUGCAUCCAGUGCAUCGAAGAGACAUAAGUCAAUGUCUGACGAAUCUGUGAUGAGAUCUGCACCUGCGACUGAAAGUGAGGCAAGCUCUGCCACACCUGACAAGUUAUUAGCUAUUGAUCGUUCCAUUGAAUUAUCUAUAUCUGAUAGAUCUCCAUUGGAUAGAUCUAGUCCGAAUAAAAGAAAAAAAUCUUUACUGAUAAAUGAGACUGGAAUAAGCAACUCAUCAGGUGAUUCGUGUCAUAUUGAAUCUUUGUCGAUGGAAUAUGAGAGUGCUGAAGAAGAGUUUAAAAUUUUCACACCAAUAAAAAAGCGGAGAUCUUUGCUAAAACCGACCGAUUCUGAAACUAUUCCCAAGACAAGCGCCGAAAUGAAGCAAUCAAAUUCUUUGGAAUGUUCAGGGGACAAAAACUUGUCAACAGAAGAUGGAAGCUUUAAAUCUGUGGAAAAUGGUUUCGAUACUCCCAAUCACGAGAGAGACUCUCCGGUUGUUACACAGAGUAAUUCUGAGUCUCAAAUUAGUGGAGAAGGUUGCGAUGGUGAAAAUUCAAAUGGUCCAUCUACCCCAAAAAAUCGUUUCACCUCAGAAUUAAUUUUUGAUAUUAAUUCGAUAAAAAAAUCCCACAAAAAAGACAAAAAAAGCAGUAGAUUGAGAAGGAACUUGAAUGUUGACAGUGAAAAGAACGAUUUUCAUCUCAUAGAAACUAAAACAUCAGUUGAAGAUGAAAAACCAUUCGUCGGCUUUCAAACUAUAAAACACAAUGAAUUGAUCUUGGAAAAUGAGUUUGAAAAUCCCAAACCAUCGACCAGCCUUGGCUGUACUUUGACUACAACCCCUCCGAAUUGUUCAAGAAUAAUAAGCUUCUUAAAGCUACGCCAAGCAGACUCUAUUAAACGAUCUCAUAAGAAAAUUCGUGAACAAAGAAGACAAUGUACAAUUAAUAAAGAUCCGGACUUGUCAGACGAUGGAUCGCUAUUCGAUAGUAGCGACAGAAUUGACGUAAACGGUGCUAACGACUCGAUUGAUAUUUUGGAAGGGGAAAAUGAAACAAGUUUGAGAUCUAAAACAGCAUCUGCUAAUCCAAAUGACGAGGGUGGUCCUGAAGAUUUGGUUCACACUCCACCGAAUAAAUCGAAUAUGUUGAUACAAAUUGAAUCAAUAAAGAAGUCGCACAAGAAGGAUCGUGAAUUUAAACGCUCAAUCACAAACGCAGUAAAUCCAGAACUUUCCGAUGACGGAUCAAUCUGUGAUCCGAAUGAAAAAAUUGAUGAAUCGGUCAAUGACAUAAAUGAAAUCCAAGCCAGCAGGGACGCUUCGCCAUCAAAUUGAAUUUGCAACAGAAGAAAUAUCCCAAUCAAGAUCAAUGCCUUACCUACGAAUAAAUUUGACAAAAAAUGAUUGUUUUCUUACACACUUAUAUCGUAAUUAAAAAAGUUUAUAUUGGGAAAUAUCGCAAUUUUCCCGGGUUAUACACCUGUUGUAAUCAAAGUUCCGAAUUUCUCUCAAAUUUCAGUUUCGUUAUGGGAAAUUUAUUCAACCAUACAAACAUUUGGGUAGCGUGAUUAUUAAUUUUUGUCUUUAUCAAUUAUAAUUAUGUUUAUGUUUAUUUUUAGUUUUGUUUAUUUGUUAACGUCAUUGAUGAAAGUAUUCUUGAUACAGCACUUUUGCUCGAUUAGCUCACAAUCAAUUACUUUUUUUGUGUAAACUUGUCUGGCAGGGUAUUGAUUGACAUUCGAAUUUAGCCAAUCACUACCACGCAACAAACCGUAAUGAGACGAUCGAAUAUUUCCAUCAGUAGUCGCAGGUAUGGUUAACAUAUUGGAAAUCAAUUUGGUAAGUUUGGUGGGAAUUGACAAUUAAUCUAUUAUUGGGCCUGUUCCUGUAUGCCAAACUGCAUCAAUGUGAUACAAAAGACAUAUUUCAUUACCAUCAAUCGUUAGGUGCUUGUAGAUUUCACUGAAAUAAUAACUCAAUGGUUCAACGAAAUCUACAAUGUUUUUCGAUUCUGCGAAGAGUGACCAAACUGCUAUUUGAUUGUUUAAUGAAUUUUUGAGCCUUAACGAACACGAAACACCCGAUGGAAUUAUCAGAAUAGUGAGAGCGCAUUUAUGAAAAAUACUUUCUGACCAAUGUCAGAUUUAUAAUUUAAACUAUAUCUUACUCUGUGGCGUCUAUUGAAAGUUACACUGUAUACAUACAUAUACAUACAUACUGAAUAAUUUCGUUGAAACUUCUAGUAUAUUGUACGUAUGUAUAUGUAUACACACGCCGAUAUAUAAGCAUGUGUACAAAGCUUGUCGUACACACAUUUUACUGGUGCCGCAUAGUAAAUUAAGUUCUCACUGGCGUUAUAAUGGUUAUCGCUCCAUUUAUUAAAAUAUAUUUCAAUGUUACUAAUAUUCAUGUAUACAAUUUUUAGUUAAUUGAAUAUUGUUUAUUUUUCGGCAAAAGUUGCGUUAAAACGUGAAACGUAUCGUUAUUUAAGUUUAACAUUCAUGAUUGUAUUGCAUUAUUUAAACUACGGUUGCUUUUAUGUGUUACGUAAUUCGUCGCAUCGAAUUUUGCAAAGUCCUAGUAUAAUUGUGAUAUGUAAAUAGGUAUUAUAAAAUAUGAAACAAUCCAUAUAUUUUUAUUGUAAGAAAUCGCAUUCCCGGGCGACGAGACGUUAAGCAAUGUCCAAAGUUUUAUUACGAUUCAAUCAACCGGAAAAUUGUUCUUGUUGACUUUGGAACCUCGAGAAUGAUUUUUCAGGACAUAAUUAUGAUUGUGUUAAAAUAAUUAUACUAUUCUUGAAUCGUUUAGCAGCGUCUAGUUGCCCGGGUUUCCACGGAGGAAAGAAGACAACGUAUAUUGUCUAUUGUAAAGAGCGAUUUUCAAAUUAUUGUUAUACAAAUGGGUCGAGGUAAAUUACUCUAUAGCUAACUGUUGUUGUCAAUUUAAAUAUGAUAUAAUGCAUCAUUGAAUUUAACACACUGUAGAAUUCUAACAUGCGAUAAAAAUGUAUAUGUUAAAAUUAGGAAUCUACGUUUAGGACGCAUGAACGGCUGAUGACAUUACCUCUAUGUGUAUCUUAGUUUAAAUUUGACAUUGUGUUGGUUCAAUUUUUUAACAUUUUAAGAUUAGACCGCAAUAGCGAUGUUCCACUAUUGAAAUAGAACUUUUUCACUUUUAGGUCAUAUUCUGAACGUCCGCUAACCACUAAUGUCAUCAGCGCGUUGAAAGAUGUGUAACAUGAACGUCAAUAAAUUUCAAUUGACGGCCGCUCUCUUUCCUUGCCGAUAUCCUAACAAUACGACAGCAUUUAAACGGUGGAGAGUCGAUCAAGGCCAUUGCAGAUCUCCUUGGUUUUUUUUGUUCAUUUUUUUUUCUUUCUGUACCAUCAGUGCCACGUUUACACAAUUCAUGAUAAAUAUUGAAAAAAAACCGUCCAAUUAGCUGACUCAAACUCACUUAUUUCCUACACAAAAUGGCUGAAAGCCCUUACACAGCUUAUCCUACUAUAGCCCAAAAUUGGACAAUAUAUUUUUAUGAUCAAGCAACGACAAUGAGCAUGGUCAUGAAUAAAAAAAAAAAAAAGACACGUGGCGCCUGUAGUUAUCGCAGUCAGCAGAAUUAUAAGUUUUCGGCAAACCCAAAGAACACAGUAAUUUUAUUGAAACGGUAGAAUUCUGAUGAAUAUCGACCGCUUGAGUGAAAUUUCUUUGUAAAACUAAGCUGACAAGUUGUAAUUGAAUGAAAAAAAAUGAUAUGUUAUGCUUCUUCAACGUUUGUUGUUCGUACAGUUUAUCGAAUUUCAAUCAACUAAAUGUAUAAGAUUUAUGUGAUUGUUAAUUAUUUCAGUCGAAAUUCUUGCCACAUCCGUAAUUGCUUAAACAUAGUAAGAUACCUUGAUCCUACUUUUUAUUUAGAAAUUGGAUUAUCGUUUUAUUAAAUUCAGCGCGACCAAAUUUGCUUGAGGUAAUGGUUUUUUCUCUUUCGAUGCCUGGUAUGUUUUCAAAUUUAUCUUCACUAUAGAAGCAAUAAAUCGGAUUCCUCCGCUCAACACGUCACUUCCUAGUUAGGAAGCUUGAAAACUGGACAAGUACAGUGAACAGUCGCGUCUGCUUCGCGAUACCGAAUUUCCCUUAUACCGAUUGCAUCAGAACUAGCCAGUCAGUGUAACCAUACCCACCCAUUGUGCCUGCGUAUAAAGUUGCCCGGCUUUGAUCUGUGCGGGCAGUUGUUGAAAACCAGCCAUACGCUGCAGCGUUACCUACACAAUUAUUUCUUAACUAAUGUUAACAAAGAUGAUAUUCCUAUAGUCCUCAGAAGGAGUGUAUUAAAUAAUUGUUAUAUA